AUGACGCGCUUUGAAACGUUUUCCCCGAGGGGUGAUAAUCUCAGUGCCAGACUGGACAAAGCGACAGAAUUUGCAUUUUUGACAUUGGAAGGUCGGUCUCCUAGAUGUCCGGAUCUCUGGAUCACCAUCAAUGAUAAAUGUUAUUUCUUCUCUGAGACCAAUAAAUCCCGUACAGACAGUGCUAAGGACUGUGAGGAACGCGGCUCCAGCUUGGCCACUGUGAAGGAGGAGACCAUACGGAGACUGGUGACCAUCACAGGAAAGGAAUUCUGGGUCGGAUUGUCCCCAUAUAACAAGCACGGUGAAACGUGGACAGGAAGAUGGACAGACGGCAGCAUGGAGACUGUCAGUGAAGGGACUGGAAGCUGUGCCAAGCUCGGAUCACGUCUGAUACUGGAGAACUGUUAUACCAAUCUGCACUGGAUCUGUGAGAGAGACGCUGUGUGA